AUCUUCCUUAACUUAGAAGACUCCUAAAUCUCAAAACUGUUCACUUCCUUUUAAACGAAUCCAAAAGAAAGACAAAAAAAAGCAUCGUACACUUCGCCUCGUGAUUAGGUUUCGAAAUCUUUUGUUCUAUAGGGUUUCGGAUCUUAAGUGUUAGGCUCUAAACCCUUGAAUCCAUUCAAAAUCUUUAUCUUUAUCUGUUUUCAAUCAAUUGGGUUAAGUUCUAUAAAGGAAGGAACUUUGAAUCCAUGGGGAAGGAGAAGCUAGGGUUUUUCACUCUCUCGUUUCUUCUGAUCUUGAAUCUAGCACUGUGUAGAUUCGUCGUGGAGAAGAACAACCUCAAAGUUACAUCACCCGAAUCGAUCAAAGGUGUUUACGAAUGCGCAAUUGGGAAUUUUGGAGUUCCUCAAUACGGUGGUACUUUAGUCGGCACCGUCGUGUAUCCCAAAUCGAAUCAGAAAGCUUGUAAAAGCUACACCGAUUUCGAUAUCUCUUUCAAAUCUAAACCUGGACGUUUACCCACUUUUGUCCUCAUCGAUCGUGGAGAUUGUUAUUUCACUUUGAAAGCAUGGAUAGCUCAACAAGCAGGAGCAGCAGCGAUACUUGUGGCUGAUAGUAAAGCUGAGCCUUUGAUUACAAUGGACACACCUGAAGAAGAGAAAUCUGAUGCGGACUAUCUUCAGAACAUUACUAUUCCUUCUGCUCUCAUUACUAAAUCAUUGGGAGACAGUAUCAAGUCUGCGCUUUCAGGUGGUGAUAUGGUUAACAUGAAGCUAGACUGGACUGAGUCUGUUCCGCAUCCUGAUGAGCGUGUUGAGUAUGAGCUCUGGACGAACAGCAAUGACGAGUGUGGGAAGAAGUGUGAUACUCAGAUUGACUUUCUCAAGAAUUUCAAAGGAGCUGCUCAGAUUCUUGAGAAAGGAGGGCAUACUCAGUUCACGCCUCAUUAUAUUACUUGGUAUUGUCCUGAAGCUUUUACGUUGAGUAAACAGUGUAAGUCUCAG